AUGCAAAACAAAGCUCUCUUGUCGACGCUCGUUGGUCUUGCCAUCUGCCUGGCUGGGGAAGUGUCUGCGCUUCCUGUGCAUCUACAGAUCCGUGCGCCACCAGUCAUCGAGACCAUAAGCGACUUUGUCCGCGGCGGGGGUUUGCGUCACCGCGUCCACUCGCAGCACGUCAAUGAGCCAGCGGCCAUCUACGAGGAAGAGACGCGACCACUCCGCGGGGGCUACGUGCCCGGGACUGGCAAGCGCAGACUCAAGAAGAUCAUCUUGUACAGCACCGGUCUGGCUGCUGUUGGCACCGCCACUGGGGUGGGUGCCCAUGAAGUUGUUGACCAUGAGCGCGAGCAGAAUCGCGAACUUGCGAAAUUGCGAGCGGACUUGGAGCGACAAGCGGCAGCCAUGAGAGAGUCUGCACGCACAGCUCGAGAGUACCAUGGCGCGGCGCAUGAGCCGCCGCAGCAGAAUGUGCCUGUGCCAACCUUGCCUGCCAAGUAUCCUGGCGAGAAUGCUUCGCCGCAUUUUGGACCUCCAGGAGGGAUUAAUGAGCUGGAGCAUGAGAGCGGCACACAGAAGCAACCUAUCGAGCCAGAUAGCACCAUACAAGGAAAAGCCGUUCCCGGUCCGCCGACCCCUCAAGCGAACAGUCCUACUGGAGAUCUUCACCACCCACACGAGGCAGAGCUAGACGAACACGGCGUGGAAAAGGUUGCCCCGGCGCCUCCGUCGCCAAAGUCCAAUACGAGCCCGCCGCACGAGCUGCAGACGGUCGGUGAAGGCGAUGAUGGGACUGUGGGCAAUCGCACCGGAGGACCAGCUCCCACCACACCCUCACCAACCAAGGAGAGUCCGCACGUUCCAUAG